AUCAAGUUCACACGAGUCUCUUCUCGUAAAAAUGAAGUCGAGUUCUAGAAGGCGCUCUGCGUUUUCUGUGUAUCAAUCGCAGAUUGGAAAGGAUGAAGAAAGUUCCCAGAAAGUGGAAGAAAAGGCUAAUCAACCGUCUGGAUCAAAGAAAAGGCCGCUCGACGAAAAUCCUUCGAAGAGCACCUCAAAGAAAGUGAGCAAAUUGCGCGGCUGUAAAAGUUUGGACGACGACGGAACAAAUGGGAUAUUCGAUCACGAGGAACGUACACCAGACAUUCUAGAACCUAAACAGAAAGGAAAAGGGAAGUUACUUAGUAAAGCUAACAGACUGAGACAGAGUCUGUCCUUGUCUAGCCGGAAAAAGAAGAGGAAUGGCUAUCAAAGUUAUGAUCGUGUAGAUUUACAGGAAAAGUCUUCAAGUAACUUGACCGUGCAUAACUUGCCCGCUGAUAAAUCAGACAGAACAGACAGUGAGACCGGGAAUGAAGAACCUUCUGAGGAAGAGCAAGCCAAGUGGAACUCGGAACAAGGAGAUAUAGAAGCUGACAGACUUUUCUCCUGGUUGAUAAGUCCAGUGAAACCCGGGAAAUUUUUCAGUGACGUAUGGGAACAGAAACCCCUGUUGAUCAAGAGACAUCAUCUAACCUAUAAUGAUGGCUGGUUCAGCACAAGCGAAUUAGAUACUAUUCUUAGAGAGCAUCGAGUUCUAUUCUCAACCAAUCUGGAUGUGACAUCUUACAAAAAUGGACAACGAGAGACCCACAAUCCUUCAGGGAGAGCUCAUGCUCCAGUAGUAUGGGAUUAUUAUGAGAAUGGCUGUUCUGUUCGUUUCCUCAAUCCUCAAGCUUUUUCACAGUCAGUGUGGAAGUUGACUUCCCUUCUACAGGAGUAUUUUGGUUGUCUGGUUGGUGCCAACGUUUAUCUAACUCCAGCUGGCUCUCAAGGCUUUGCCCCACAUUAUGAUGACAUUGAGGCCUUUGUUGUGCAACUUGAGGGGAAGAAACACUGGAGACUUUAUAAUCCAAGAUGUGAUGCUGAAGCCUUACCAAGGUACUCUAGUGAAAACUUUACACAAGAAGAAAUUGGUGAACCCAUUCUUGAUACAGAGCUUGUUGCUGGUGAUGUCCUCUACUUCCCAAGAGGGACAAUCCAUCAGGCAGAUACACCAAGUGAUACACAUUCUUUACAUAUCACUCUGUCCACUUAUCAAAAGACCUCCUGGAUGGAUUUUAUGGAAAAGUUAAUUCCAGGUGCUCUGCAGGUUGCAUUUGAAGAGGAUCGUGAAUUCCGUCAAGGAUUGCCACUUAAUUAUCUUGACUAUAUGGGUGUGGCAAAUUCAGAAUCGAACACCAAAGAGAGGUCAGAUUUCCUGAAGAAGGUGGAAAAACUUAUGAUGAAAUUGGUGUCACAUGCUCCAGUUGAUGCAGCUGUCGACCAGUUUGCAGUGGGAGUCCUUCGAGAUUCUUUGCCUCCAGUUUUAACUGAAGAAGAAACAAAGAAAAGUGUCUUUGGCAGUGAUUCUUCGUGGAAAGAAGGAAAGAUUAUUGGCAAAGUUUCUAUCAACGAGGAAACAGAAGUCAGGCUGAUACGAAAGGGAGUGGCAAGGUUAGUUGUCGAAGGUGAAGUCGUGCAUGUUUACCACACACAACAGAAUUCUAGAGUCUAUCACGAGACUGAGUUAGACAGCUUGGAGUUUGGUUUAGAGGCUGGUCCAAUAAUAGAGAGCAUUCUACAGAGUUACCCUGAUUACAUUGCAGUGAAAGACCUGCCUCAUGAUGAUACGAAUUACAAGAUUGACCUGGUCACGUUGCUCUACGAAAAAGGAAUUCUGAUCAGAAAGUAAAGCUGCCGCUGUUUACAUCGCUUCCUUAGAAUUUCAGUGUGAUCGACAAUUUGAUAAAUAUUUCAGCAAGCUAAGGGUAUUUGUCAUUUUUGGGAUGAAAAGACGCAAUCCUCUCCAGCUGCCUUAGAGGAAAAGGAAAUUAUUAUUUUUUACUCUAGGUUGGCUUUUUUGUUGAUAUGUUUGUUGUUGAUGUUGUUUGUUAGUUUGAUUGUUUUUGCGUGGGAGACCAGAUUUCUUUUAAAAAUCAAACGUUUUUACGUGAUCACUAAGUAUACUGAUAGUUGUGAAUUUCGUUGCUACUGUUAACUUGAUGUAAUAAAACCAGUUCCAGGAAAGACUGCCGUUGAUGUAC